GGUGAGGUGGAGAAGGCCUGAGGCCUCUGAGACCGCUGGCCAUACCUGGUGCUUCGCUUGCUGCUGAGCGCAGUCUGAAGCCAGCUUCUCUGAGGGGCUCUGAAGUAAGCCUGCUUGCCUGUGCUGAAAUCCUGCCUCUACUUGCAGUUUUCAUGAUUCCCUCAACUGUAACCCUACAGGUAAUAGGUUAAUUCUCAGAUAAGUAGAGCAGAUUUUGAAGAAAUGGUGUUCAUAAGACCUGAGAUGUUCGGGAGGGAGGAAGCCAGUCACAGCCUGUGGAUUCUCCCUUCCCGUUAUUCCCUCCCUCCCUCUAGGUCCAUGCUGGUUUCAGCUCCAUGGCCGAGCAGUUGGGUAACGUCCGUGGGGUUCCCUGUGAGGUAGGAGUUCACCUGCACUGUACUGUCCCCUGAACCUGUGCAGCCCCUCCCGGUGUGUUAGGUCAGUCUGUACCCCAGCUGAGCUUUCAGAGCCCCUGUGCUGCCCAAAGCCUGACGGAACACUGAUUAGAAGCCACCCAAGCCUUGCCUGAGCCCUAAUCACUAACCGUAGGUACCCCAUGAGUGCAGCUGGCCACCUCCUUGACUUGGCUCAUGACUUCCUAUUGUUAAACUAGGUUCAGCCAAAUUCUGUUUUCCCCCAUUGACACAAAAGUCUCCAACAUACAAGUGAACAAGCAAAUGGCAGAAGUGUCUGGUGCCCCUUAACAGAAUUACAUUUGGAUUCUUGGAUUGGGGGGACACUUGAAUUCCUGGCCAUUCAGACCCUCUGGACUCAGCCAAGGCUUGUUUUUAGUCCCCUUUAUGAGGUCCCGGAGUUGACACCUCGGAGGAUACAAGUACUGCUUUUUUUCUCAAGAAAAAUGAAAGUUUUUGAAGGAACUUGAGUUUGUCCUAGAGUAGCCACUUGGGGGCAGGAGGGUGAAAUUGGAUCCCUACUUCAUUCAUUCCAUCAAAAUUAAUUCUGGGCAGCAGAAAGACUGAAAUAUAAGAACGUGCAACUAUAUGAGGACUAGAAGAAAACACAAGAUUUAAAAAUAUCAGUGGGGAAAAUAAAGGCAGCUACACUAAAAAUUUUGCAUGGCCAAAAGGACCAAACGGGAAAGUGAGGAUGUUUCGAUAACACAAGAGUUAACUUCCUGAAAGAACUUGGCAGUCAAGAGUACAGGGCCUGUAGAAAAAUAGGCAAAGGGUAUAAAAAGCUCCCGAGAAGCAAAAACACACAUCGUGGAGAGAUAGGUGCCUUACCGUAUUCCCAGGGAAGCCUGGCAGAGACUCGGAGGCUGUGGGAGUGGGCCCUCAGACACGGGUGUGAGCGGCAGCUGUUAAGCCUCAGGGAGUGUGACCUGGCAGUGCCACUCCUGGGUGUUUAUCCACCCAGAUUUGGUGACAGAUACGCAAUGCUGUACGUGCCGGGAUGUCCUUCCCGCAUUGCUGCCAUAGCUGAAUGUUGAAACUAUCAGGGUUCCGGCCAAAUACAUCAUGCGGCGCCCCCUGCAACGAAGUGCUUCUGUGCAGAGCGCACAGCUCCCAGUGCAUGGGCUCAGAGCAGGCCUCGCCACACGUGAGAAAGCAAACAGCGGACGCCGCUGUGCGGCAUUCACGUGUGUACGUGUACGGAUCACCUACAUUCUUGAGUAUGCAGAGUGUCUUAGGUCACAAAGGUAAUGAUGGUUGUCUCAGGGAAGGGACCAAUAGGAGUGGCACCCUGUGGCACCUCAACAAUUUUGUGCCACAUGCAUUUAUUAGUGAAGAUAAUUUUAAGAAUAAACAACAAAAACCCAAGAACAACAGUGUUCCUUCAGCCGGAUGUGAGAUGCUUUCGACAAAUAACAUGUUUUGCUCUCAUAUCCUGUUCUCUGAGGUAUCUUUUUAGCUCUAUGUGGGGGUCUCAAUAAAUACCAAUAAUUGACAACAACAAAAAUGCUUCAGACUCCUCGCGGUGCCUUCCCUACCAGUCACUUUACUGGGAUCCCAUCUGGAUCUUAAAUCUAGACGUUGUGCCCACAUACAGGUGACUAACUGUUCAGUGGGACCAGUUGGGUAGGAAAGGUCGGCAGUAUGUCUGCAUGUCUGUCUAGUCUGGGGUGUCGCUUGCCACACCCCAGACUAGAUGAGGAACUUCCAACCUUUCUGGUUCCAUUCUCACUCAAGCCUAAAUCUGGGUUAAAGGAGGCGGUCUCUUUAAGAACUGGUGUGCAGGCCCCGCCCUUUAAUAAGGUCAGCUGAGCCUGUAAGUCACAUGACUCGAUGUCUUCCGCCCUCUGAAGCUGGGGCUGCAUGUGCAGCUGUGAGGAACCCCACGGGGGCUGGGGGCGCUGUGCCCCCAGCCCCAUACUCUUCCUGAGUCUCCUUCUGUCUGCAGCCCCGCUUGGCCUGCUGGGGGAGGAGGCCCGCCAGGUGUCUCUGGAGGUCAUCCCCGACCCGGCGGGGCCCCCCGAGAACCUGCUUCAUAUCCGGGCAGUGGGCUCCAACUCCACUCUGCACUACGUGUGGAGCACCCUGGGGCCCCCGGCAGUGCUGCUGGUGGCCACCGACACCCCCCACAGCGCCCUGAGUGUCAACUGGAGCCUCCUGCUGUCCUCUGAGCCCUCCGGGGGCCUGGUGGUGCUCCCCAAGGACAGCAUCCAGUUUUCUUCUGCCGUUGUCUUUACCAGGCUUUUUGAGUUUGACAGCACCAACACCUCCGAUGCGGCCGCAGAGCCUCCAGGAAAACCGUACCCCCCUUACUGCUUGGCCGACUUCUCCUGGAACAACAUUACCCACUCACUGGAUCCUGCCACCCUGAGCGCCACAUUUCGAGGCCACCCCAUUGAUGACCCCACCAGGGCUUUUGCCAAUGGCAGCCUGGCCUUCAGGGUGCAGGCCUUCUCCAGGUCCGGCCGGCCGGCCCAGCCGCCUCGCCUCCUGCACACGGCGGACACCUGCCAGCUAGAGGUGGCCCUGGAUGGGGCCGUUCCCCGGGGAAACCGCUCCCUGUUCAGGCUGGAGGUAGCCACCCUGGGCCAGGGCCCUGACUACCCCUCCAUGCGGGAGCAGCACUCCAUUGAUGAUGAAUACGCACCUGCUGUCUUCCAGGUCGAUGCUCCUGGGUGUGGGUAUCCCUCCCGUGGAUGCCUUGUCCCCGCUGGUCCUGGGCAUCAUGGCGGUGGCACUGGGUGCUCCAGGGCUCAUGCUACUGGCAGGAGGCCUGUUUCUGCUGCUGGGACCCAAGCGGUACUCAGAAUAUCAGCCCAUAAAUUGAGGCCCACUCUCUGGAGGGAAAGACGUUACUGGACCUGCCUUCCUUGCCUCAAACCUCUGCAAGUUUGAGGGUCAGUGUUCCCAGCCAGGCACUCCCACCGCCCAUCAUGCUUUUCUGCAGAACCUCAGAGAUUAGCCUCAAGUCCUGGGGACCACCAGGUGGGGCUUCUUUCAUACUCUGGAGAGGGACCAGGAACAGGGUUAUUGCCAGAGGGAGGGUACCCUUGGAGUUGCCUCCGUGCUCCUCAGCCCCCAUUUCCUGUGGAUGGGACUCGCAGGCCGAAAUGAAAGGCCUUCUGACUGGCUGGCUGUCUGAGGGGGGGACAUGAAAUAGACUUAUUUUUUCCACAGG